ACGAUCCUUUAGAGUUACGGAAACACUGGUAGAUUACAGAUAACAUGCUUAGCACUUUAUCUUUCCUGAGAGAUAUCCAUCUUUGAACAAACUUUAGCGUGCAGUCUGUAUUUUUCCGGAGGACUGAUAAUGUUGCUGUGAGGAGCCGAAAUAUGAAGCGCUUUAUUUGCCUCAGACGCAGUUAAUGCUGUUAACCAUUAGGCCUACACUAUCCAGGGCUCUCUCAAAUGUGUGUGACUAAGCAACCAUAAUGUUUUAUUUGAGCUUUAGGUGCUUUAUCAAAGUAUCUUGAGUAUUUUAAAGCACCAGGCGGCGUGCUCCUGACGCGAAGGAUGAAGAUAGGAUGCUGUAUUUGAAGGGAUCUGAAGACAGAACAUCAGGUUUUCUGUGUUUGUGUCUCUUGUGUUGUGUUACACGUGUUGUUUUCCAGUAAUCGAGCUGAUUUUUGUCCAGCAUCCACUUUGAACAGUCAUCUGAUCUAAUCAACGCUCCCCAACUGUGUCUCCAAACACAAUCACAUGCACCGCUGAGGCUAUAAAACUACAAUCACAUUUGUUUGCUGGUCUUCCGGCCUGAUGUUGGAGGCUCGUGACGUGAAACAGCGGCGUAAUGUCUUUAGAGGGAUAUUGAAGCUGUUCUUCAGGAGUGACAAGAUGAAAGAGAGACAACCGUGUUGAUAAAGAGCUUGAGAUGAAAUAUGAGACGUGAUGUGAGGAGAAAACUGAAAAAUAAAGACGCUGUAAGUCAUGAGAGGAUCAGAGUUCAUGUUAAUCAUUGAUCAGAGCUUCAUUUUCCUGCACUCUCAGAUCUUCAGUGUUUAUUGGAGGACGAUGAGUGGAUUUGUGCUCCUGUAGGUGGGUCACGAUGUUUGCUGUCUCGUCUGUGUGCGUCUCUUUAGUGCUGAUUUUAUGGGGAACGUCUGAGAAUGUCCAGGGAAAAGAAUCUAAGCUGUGGCUUCAGCCGCUAAAUGAGACGUUCCUGCAGAGCGGAGUGUUUCCCGGCGGGUUUCUGUGGGGCGUUGGGUCCGCGGCGUUCCCGACUGAAGGAUCCUGGGAUGCGGAUGGUAAGGGCGAGUCGGUUUGGGAUCGCUUUACUCGUCAUACGGAUCCGUCCAGCGACAGCUACAUCCAAUGGGAGGAGGAUCUGAAGUCAGUUCAGUAUCUAGGUGUGAACUUCUAUGCUUUUUCUUUAUCCUGGACACGGAUUUUCCCGGAUGGAAACGCAGCAGCGAAUCCCAACCCGGCCGGAGUAAAGCAUUACCGGCGUUUGAUUGGGAAGUUAAAGGAACUUCAUGUGGAGCCGGUCGUGACUCUGUUUCACUGGGAUUUUCCGCAGGUCUUGCAGGAGCGGUUUGGAGGAUGGCUCAACCGAAGCAUGGCGGACGUUUUCACCGAUUACGCCACGUUUUGUUUCCGAACGUUCGGUGCCGAGGUUCGCUACUGGAUUACGAUGCAUAACCCGUUUCUCCUGGCCAUCCAGGGCUAUGGGACCGGCGCUCACGCUCCCGGAGUGACCGGAGACCCUGCUGACCCCUUCAUCGCCGCACACAACCUCCUCAGGGCUCAUGCGAAAGCGUGGCACGUUUACGAUAAACACUUCCGCCGCCAUCAGCACGGUAACGUCUCCAUCACGCUCGGCUCUCAUUGGGUGGAGCCUCCUUCUGGCCAUGCCACACCCACCAAUCUAGAGCUCUGUCAGAAGGCCAUGGAGGCUGUGAUUGGCUGGUUCGCCGAGCCCAUCUACGGAAGUGGAGAUUACCCCGAGUCACUGAAGGCUUCGCACCGCGGUGUAAUCCCAGAGUUCAGUGCUCAGGAGCAGCUCUGGAUCAAGGGCACUGCAGACUUCUUCUCUCUGGCCUUCGAGCACGAGACACUGAAGGUGGGCCAAGGCCUGGCACAGUUUGGGCAGACGGUGAAGCUGGACCUGAGGAGUGUUCUGGUCUGGGUCCAGCAGACCUACGGAGAUCCACAGCUGCUGCUGGCAGAGAGCAGCUGGUUCUCUGACGCUUCGGUCGGAGUCGAGGACACUAAGGCCAUUUAUAUGAUGAAGUGGUUCAUCAUGCAAGUCAUGCAAGCUGUUUCUGUAGACGGAGUGCGUGUGUUUGGAUACACGGCCUGGACUCUGCUGGAUGGGUUCGAGUGGAAUCACGGUUACAGCAUACGGAGAGGAUUAUUCUACAUAGACUUCAGCGAACCUGAGCGCCGCAGACUCCCGAAAACCAGCGCUCACUUCUACAGACGACUGGUCAGAGACAACGGCUUCCCCCCUGAAAACAUGCCGCACAUCGAGGGCCGAUUCCCCUGUGACUUCCAGUUCGGUGUGUCCGAGUCAGUGUUACAGGUGCAUCUGCGUCCGUUCUCUCCACAAUUCAUCGAUCCGCAGCUAUACCGCUGGAACCUGUCGGGUGACGGCGCUCUCUCGCCCGUGGCGGGCGUCCUGCUCCACACGCGGCCGGCACAGUGCACCGACUUCCUGUUCAUCCAGCGGCACCUCUUCCUGCUGGGGGUCACGGGGUCAGCGCACUACCGCUUCGCCCUGGACUGGACGCAGCUCUCGCCCGGCGGUGACCCGGAGAAGGUCCGCUUCUACCGCUGUGUGCUGAUGGAGCUCCAGCGCAGAGGGAUCCGGCCGGUUGUGACGCUCUAUCAUCCCAGCUACCGCUCGCCCUCGCUGGGUUUGCCCGAAGCUCUGCAUGCUAACGGCGGAUGGAGGAACGCUAGCACUGUGGAGGCGUUCAUCAGCUACGCUGCAUUCUGCUUUCAUGAAUUUGGAGCCUUGGUGUCGAAGUGGAUCACCGUUAACGAGCCGAACCGGUUAAUGGAAGCGUACACAGAAGACCGGAAAACUGUUGUGCGUCACUUGCUAUUAGCGCAUGCGAAAGCGUGGCAUAUUUACGACGAACGGUUUCGACGGAAACAGGGCGGGGCUGUUAGUUUGGCUCUCCAUGCUGAUUGGGUGGAACCGGCCAAUCCGUUUUUAGAAUCUCACAAAUCCGCCCAGCAACAGUUUUUGGAUUUCGAAGUGGGGCGUUUUCUUGACCCUCUGAUUGGAGGAGGGAAUGAGGGGCAUGGCAGCGCUCUGAUUGGCUUCUCUGAUGAUGAGAGGGCGGAGCUUAAAGGGGCGCUGGAUUUCGUGGCUCUCAAUCACUUCACAACGCGUUUGGUGUUGCCAUGGGAAAACGCAAAGCCGCACGGAAAACGCAAAGAGCACGGCUGUGCGCUGAUGACGGACAUCACCUGGCCUGUGUCGCACCUGAGUCAGGCGCUCGUGCCCUGGGGCCUCCGCAGGAUGCUGGGAUGGGUGAGGGAUCGCUAUGGCGACCGCCUCCCCAUCAUCGUUACGGCGACAGGAGUGGUCGAUCAAGCGGUUCAUGAUGACCAGCUGAGACAGAGAUAUAUCACGAGCUACCUGCAGGAGGCGCUGAAAGCUCGUGAGUUGGACGGCGUCAAUCUGAGAGGGUUUUAUAUCUGGAUGCUUCAGGACCAUCAUGAUCUUCAGUUCGGUCUCUUCAGCUCCGCCGCUCAUCACUCUCGACCCAAAGCGUCCGUCAGCCUGUACCGCGACAUCAUCACCCACCGCGGCUUUCCGUCUGCCACUGACCUGCGACCUUUGACCUGCCGGGACGCAGACAACGGGACGAGCUGCGAACUCUGCACACGCAUCGCAAAGAACAAACCGCUGCUGUUCUUCAGCAUCUGCUUGUCCAUCAGCGCCUCCAUGCUCUGCGCACUCGUCAUCAUCUCUGUGGUGAGGAAGAGGAGGAGAACGCCGAUUAACGUCGGGCCGCAGAGACUCAGAGUCCAGCAGAGGUUCCCCAUGAUGAAGGUGGCACACAGAACAGGGCUCAUGUGCAAUUAAACCUUAAAAUUAAUGGAAUAGUUCAGGCAAACAUGAAAAUACACUCAUCAUCAGGCCAUCCGAGAUGUGGAUUAGUUUGUUUCUUCAUCAGAUUUGGAGAAAUGUGUCACUGCAUCACUGUCUCGGCAAUGGAUGCUCUGCAGUGAAUGGGUGCCGUCAGAAUGAGAGUCCAAACAAAAAUCACAAUAAUCCACAGCACUCCAGGCCAACAGUUAACAUCUUAAGAAGACAAAAGCUGCUUGUUUGUAAGAAACAAAUCCAUCAUUAAGUCCAUAAUCAUAGCAACAGUAAAUUUUCAGCAAAUUUUUUAAUUUUGGGUGAACUAUUCCUUUAAGCAUUUAAACACUUUCGUGUAUUGGCACAAAAUUUGGUGGAAAUGAUCAUCAGUGUGUUCUAAACGUGCCUGAAAAGUUUGAAAACAGCGCCACCUAGUGUUCAGAAGAUACAGUCUAGUCCAUGUCUAUUAGAAAAACAAAUCAUUAAGGCAUUUUAAUUUUAAACCGUUGCUUCCACCCAAAAUAUGAGUCCACAGUCCAUAAUAACGCUUCCUCCAGUGAAAAAGUGCAUCUCCUGUUGUCUCUCACAUCAAAAUCCAGACACAUAUUUGUUUAGAGCUGUUUUGGCUUGUAAACGCUGCUUGAACUGUGCAGAUUUCUCUCCUGAUUCAGACCAUUGCUGAGCAAGUAAAUCUGUUGAAAAAAAACCUCAUCCUAAUCUUGGAUGGCCUGAGGGUGAGGACAUUAAAGGAAAUGUUCAUUUUUGGAUGAACUGUUGCUUCAAACACAGGAAAAUAUGCAUAAACAAAGUGGAAUAUCAUCCCAAAUACUGCACAUAAUUAAACAACAAAUAUAUCCAGAUCGACUAUGAUUGUGCCACAAAAUGCAGCAGUUUCGUGUUCAGUGUGGACUGAUGUCUGUCACUGCAUCUGGUUCAGAGUUAAAACACUUAGAAGUAAACCAGCAAACACAAUGCACUUUAAAAUGCACACAUUUAACUACAGCCAACCUGAAAAGUUACGUGAUAAAACUGCUUACAACCCAAACCCUAACUAACCCUGAAGCUUUCACACCAUACGUGCAGAAAAAGUGCUUUCACAAGAAAAGUGCUUUUUUCCAUCCAAAACAAUAGUCCCACCUCAAAAUAUGACACGAUACAGCUCAAAUAAUGCUUUAACAAAAAUGCAAGCGUCACAUUUCUGCUUUAAACUCUCCAGCAUGAUUCCUUCAUUUAGUUCCUCUGCAAAUAUUUGACUCAAGAUCUUGUCUUUCAGGAAGGUUUGUGUAUAUUUUGUGUCAUAUUUCUGGAGGAACUGUAUCUGACCUUGCAGAAUCAUCCAUCAGGAGGCGCUGCUGCAUCUGAAUCCACAUUUGUUGGUAUUGGUUCAAAAGAUUAAUGCCCGACUUUUACUUUUUGAUGGAUUUUGACUGAAUUUUUAAAGUGAAGGAAAAUGGAAACAAUUUAAUAAUGAAUGUGUGCUGUAUAUUCUGUAAUACUGUAAAUAAUAAUAACAUUAAAUAAUAUUGUUCAAAACUGCUUAAGAUCAAGCUGUAUCAAACCAGUCAUAUGGAAAUGUACUAUAACAUAUAUUGUUUUAUCUCAAGAGCAAUAUGGCCAGUGUGUUUACAGUAUAUUAUCUGUAAGGCGAUAUAUGUAAUUUUCACACACGUACAUUCUCUGGGUAGAUGGAAAUGUUUUUGUAACCUUUGUGUAAGUGAGUGAUACCCAAAAGUCGCACUUGAUUCCAACUCCGUAGAAUUUAUACCCAUGGAAAUAAUUUAACACAGCAACACAAGUUCAAUAGCCAAUAAAUGAAGA